AUGGCUCUGAUACCUUAUUUCAAGCUUGGGCAUAAGGCCUCUGAUUACUACGCUAAAAGAAAUUCUCAACAGAAUAUCAAGCAAAAGGCAGGCAGCGCCACAGAGACGGCGUUCUUAGCAAAUAAGAAGGAUAAAACUGGAGGCUGGUGCCUGGACAGUGGCUGCACCUCACACUUGUACAGCGAUAAGGUUCUCUUUGUCGAUAUCAGGGAUAUAUCUAGUGGAUUGAGGCUCGCCAACAAUAUUACCAUCAAAGUCGAAGCGAUGGGAGAUGUCAAAGUCAAAGCUCUAGUAAACAAGGAGGAAAGGAGAAUAAGGAUCAAGGAUACUCUAUACGUUCCUGACCUGAAAACCAAUCUAUUAUCUGUAGCCAAGAUCGUCGACAACCAGCAUCAAGUUCUGUUUACUAAGGAUCAAGCCAUCGUUCGAGACCCUCAAGGGCACAUGAACACGAAGGACAUCGCUCUAAUGUGGAAAACGCAGGCAGUUAAUGGUUUAAAACUUGACACUGAUGCAACUUCGAUCAACUGUGAACAUGAAGCAGAAAAGUUUUUCAGCACUCCAUUACCAGCCUGA